AUGGUUUUAACGCAAGAAUCCGUCCUGUUUCUGCUGAUAGCGGAGGGGGGCAAAGUGAAGAAAUCCGACUUGGUGGGUAAGUUCAAAGGUUCUUUAGAAUGCGACGAUCCCGCAGAGAAAGAGCGGAACAGAGAGCUGUUCAAGACUUUUGUCAAUAAUGUCGCCUUCGUCAAAGAGAUCGACGGUGUCCGCUACGUUGUCCUCAGAAAAGUAUAUCAGCAUUUGCUGGACGCUGCCAAGGCUGCGGAGAGUGAAAAUAAAGAGAUCCCGGUGGCAGGUGAGCAGCAGCGCCCACCUGCGCGGACUGAGGAGACUGGAAGCUGUGAGCAUGCAGGAGGGGACAGAUCAGCUGUUUCUGAGCCUGAUCAGGAACAGGAAACUGUUGAAAGUAAUGAAAAUCCUACAGAAUUACUUUCUCCUAUACAGAUGGCGCUGCGAAGAAGCAAAUAUAAGGAUGUAAAAGUGAAAAGAAUGCUGAGUUUUGAGGUUCAAAGUCAGGACACAAAUGGAAAUAACUGUUCAAAAAGGGGUGCAGCAAGUGAGCCCAGCUGCAUCCAGAGCAAACCUUACGCCUUACCUCUGAGGAUGCCACCCAGCACCACCAAGGUGGAGAUCCGCAAACUGAAAGCGGACCCAGAUGAUGCUCCUGAAAGCCCAAAACUGGACUCUUUCAGGAACAAGAGAAGGCCCCCGUCAGUGGAGGCGGGCAGCAGCAUCAGCUCACCUCAGCUGAGGAGGUCAGUGAAAAGCAACAAGGCGUCAGAGGAGCCCACUGAGACCAGAGCCCCCUCCUCGGUUCCACUGGAGCAGUCGGAGCAUGAAUGGCUGGUCAAGUGUGCCGCCGGGCACUGGGGCCAAGUUUACGGACUGCUGCUGAGAGACAACCAGCUGGCAGAGAAGAGGGACUUCAUGUCGGGGUUCACAGCUCUGCACUGGGCAGCCAAAUGUGGCAACAGUGACAUGCUGCUGAAGAUUAUUGACCUAUCCAGGCAAGGAGGGGUUGACAUUGACAUUAAUGCAAAAACACACGGCGGGUACACUCCUUUGCACAUUGCCGCCUUGCACGACCAGGAUUACAUCAUGGCCAUGUUGGUGGGGGAGCACGGGGCCGACCCAAGCAUCAGGGAUAACUGUGGCAAGAAGGCGUACCACUACCUGCACAAAGGCAUUUCUGCCACGUUGAGAGAGCUGCUGGGUGAGCCUAAAGCCCGGGAGACUCAGGACAGAGUCCUGCCUGAGAAAGAAGAGCCGGAGCUGUUUCCAGAUCUCUCCAAGGGCCUGCAUUCAAUUAGCCGUCUCUUCCAGCCCCACGUGACGGGCCACAAGAAGAAGUACAAGCAGAGGCCAACAUUUUUCUCCCUGAGUGAUGACCCCAGCGAGGAGCGAGAAGACAGCAGCUUUAGACAGAGAGUGGUGUCAGAUGCUUUUAUGUGAACUCUUUGUUGUCUUGUAUUCAUGAGGAACAGUGUGCCAACAAUCAGGCAGUCUGACUGACAAGGAACAAAUAAAUCAAUGACUCCUAUUAUGUUUAUAUGUAAGAGAUUACGUUCUUAUCAGCAUCAAGACUUUGAGAUUCAAGAAUUGAUGAUGUCAUUUGGGGGACACAUUCAGGAGCUGGUUGAUUUAUUCUGACUUCGAGACAAAGUUUUAUUUUUAGAUGUUCAUGGGUGGAUCAUGAGACAAGGGGCCCCUGGGCACAGACAUGCAAAAGCCCCACAUACCUCUCCUGCAAACAAGAAAGACACACUGACUCAAUCGUUGUUUAGCCUCUGUUUUUUUGUCUAUUUAUUCUUGUUUUGUGUCUCUUUGGGGUCAUUUUGUGUAUCUUUGUAGUCCUGUUGUGUCUGUUUUUGUUGUUUUUUUGUCUCCUUUUAGAAAUUUUGUGUUACCUUGUUUUGUAAUGUUUUCUUUGUCUUUGUGUUAUUAUUUUGUCUCUCUUUGUAGUUUUUUGUCUUUGUGUUAUUGUUUUGUCUCUCUUUGUAGUUUUUUUUGUUUUUGUGUUAUUGUUUUGUCUGUCUUUGUAGUUUUUUGUCUUUGUGUUAUUGUUUUGUCUCUCUUUGUAGUUUUUUGUCUUUGUGUUAUUGUUUUGUCUCUCUUUGUAGAUGCUUUGUGUCUCAUCAUACUCAUGUUGUGUCUCUUUGUGGUGGUUUUGCCCCUUUAAGUUGUUUAGACUUUUUGUGGUCUCUUUUAUUUGUUUGCCUCUCUGUAGUCAUUUUGAGUCUCUUCCUGGUCAGUAAAGUACAGGUGGACUUUGGGCCCCUGGGCCUGUUCCCAUUAGACUUAUCCAGUAAUCCAUCCUAAUGAUGUUAGCUGCAUUUGUUGAAUUUCAAGGUAGAGUUUACAGGUGUAAAUACAACAUGAUUCAGAAAACAUGCCAGCGGGUCUAGUGAGUUGUCUUAUUACUCACCGUCUGUGGGCACCCAAAGGCGUCAUCUGUAUCUUCAGUCUGGCUUUCUGGAGAGGCUCAAAGUCAGACAUUUAGACUGAGUUUAGCUAAAUACCAGAAAUAAUGUUUAUUUUAUGUUUAAAUACUGAUUGUUAUGAAUUCCUGUUUUUUUAAGUCAUUUUCAUCUGCUGUAGCAUAUCAGUUACAAAACUGCACCAAGCACUUCCAUCAGCUGAAAAGUUCCAUAUAAUGUCAUUUAUUGGCAUUGAACUGCUCUCCAUAGUAUAAAGAACAAAAUAACUGUUUGUUUGCCUCCGUAACUUAAAUUGAUUGACAAAUUGUUACCAUCAAAUGAAAGGUACAUGGUUCCCCAUGUUGAUCAGGUUAGACUGCACUCUCUUGUGGGCCACUAAGUCCUAAAUUUAAAUAAUAUGGAGCUUAAUAGCACAAACAUAUGUGUUGAUGUUUUGUGAAAUUUUGUGAUGUCUUAAAUGGGGCUGCUGUGAUGCAAGUAAAAAAAGGUUAAUCUGACUGGAAAGAGAAGAAAAAAUGUGUCUUUUUGAUCAAAAAGAAUGAAACAGGAAAUCAAUCUAUGACAAAUAAAUCCUGUUACUGAAGUAGCAGACAGAUCAAGACUGGACUUGUGUGUUUCAUAACUGAGAUGAACCUGAGUAAUAGAGUGGUCAUCAUCUCAAUUUCCAGAGGCAAACAUGC